AUGGAAACUGAAAUUCGAAAUUCUCUGUCGGAUAAAAAUGAUAUAAAUGGUGUCGAAACCUUGUUUACUGGUUUUAGAGAAGCGUUAGACCAACAUAAAGAAUUAUCAAGUGUUCAAGAUAUUACAUAUUUGAGUAAAAAAUUAAUAUUUCUUGCUCAUAGAGCAAACCAAAAAACAUUAAAAUCGAUUUUAGAAGAAGCGGCAGCAAAGAAAAAAGAAAUACUUGAAUUAUUUCAACAAAUUUCUUGUGAAUUAGAAGAGACAAAUUAUUAUAGGUAUCACAGAAAUAUUUCUCCUGCAAUUCAGGAAUAUAUCGAAGCUGUGUCAUUUCUAGAAUACUUGGAGCAUGAUCGAUUACUCCCUAAGGAUAAUGUUGAAUCUGAAUUUAAAGACCAAUCGGGCAAACUUUUUCUGCACGUUUUAGCUGAAGAUUAUGUUUUAGGUGUAGCCGAUCUAACAGGCGAAUUAAUGCGUUAUGCUAUUAAUUGUGUUGGCAAAGGUGACCAUAAUCGCGCCAUACAAGUUUGUCAAUUUUUAAGAAGUUUAAAGGCUGAUUAUGAUGUUCUUAAAAUAUCAAGCAAGUCUCCAUUAGCAAGAAAAAUGGAAGGAAUUAAAAUGAAUUUAGCGAAGGUCGAAGACGCUUGCUACGCUUUUACGAUCAGAGGUUCCGAAUAUCCAAAAGAAUUUUACCAACAUAUAGUUAGUGAACAUUCGAGAAAUUAUGAAAGUAUGAGAAUGGAUGUUGAUGAAUCUUAA